AAAGGCUAUUUUGCAGUCUCGUCUCACAAUGGCAUAGUAAUCUCCAGGUGACCUGCUCGUCGCAACUCAGCUGCAUCAUUUUCCCUGCAUUCGCUGGCACGAAGCAGUGACAGAUAUCCUGUCGACAUGCACCUCUCCUUCACAGCACUGGCUGCUCUUGCAGCUUCGCCCACCGUCGUGGGCCACCUCGUCAUGCCUUCCAGCCACCGCAGCGGUCCUCUGCAGCCUGAAAACCUCGGUUGGGUCUUUGCUCGUGAUAUCCAGGUCCAAGACGACGUGGUUCCGCCGUUCCUGCCGCGGCAGCAGAAGCCACUCAGCAAACCGUCCACAGCCUAUGCCACACCCGGCAGGUUCACCGUCAGCGAGCAGACAGAGGACAUAUGCAAUGCUGGCGGUCGCCAGUGGACGGGCUGGGUCGAUGUGUCUCCAGAGAAGAGCCUCUUCUUUUGGUUCUUUGAGAGUCGUGACGAUCCCGCCAACGAUCCUGUGACCGUCUGGCUCAAUGGUGGCCCUGGGGGUUCUUCCAUGAUGGGCCUCUUCUCUGAGAUUGGCCCUUGCCUGGUUGAGGAGGAGGGUGGCGAGACCGUCAGGAACGAGCACAGCUGGACAAAUUUUGCAAAUGUACUCUUCAUCGACCAGCCUGCCGGUGUUGGCUUCUCCCGCGUCCGUAAUGGCACCGUCGGCGGUCCAGACAACGAGCUCGAGGCCGCGCAAGACUUUGAUCGCUUCCUACACAUCUUCUUCACGGAAGUUUUCCCACAGUUCUCCCAUCAGCCCUUCCACAUUUCCGGCGAGUCCUUUGCGGGUCGCUACGUGCCCGGAUUUGUCGACUACAUCACGAAGCAGCAAAAGCGCGGCAUGCCCGGCACGUUCGCCUCCAAGAUCGAGUCAAUCAUCCUGGUCGACGCCGUCAUUGACAUCAUCCGGUCCGGCGCGAUUGGGCUGUACGACCACAUGUGCCGCUUCAACGCGGACGGAACCAACGUCGUGCGGACAGGGUUCAACGCCUCGACGUGCCGCGAAAUUGAAAUUGCCGUUCCCGAAUGUGACAAGCUGCAGGCUCUCUGCGUCAACACGCUUGACGCUAACCUGUGCAAGUACUCCCAUGGCUUCUGCGGGUUUUAUAUAGACAGCCGUCUGGACCCUCACGAUGACGGCGGGCGGUACCUGUACGACGACCGGCUCAUAUGCGAGGGGGAGCAGCCCCUAUGUGGCGUCACGCACUACGACUCGUAUCUGAAUAGGGAGAAGGUGCAGAAGGCGUUGGGCAUCGAGGGCAGGCAUUGGAACUACACCUCCAUCAACCUUGAUAUGAACUCGCGCUGGGCGUCCAGUGGCAGCAUGUUUGUGCCAAGUUGGCGCGAGACGAGCUACAUCCUAGACGAGACGGAGACGCGGAUCCUGGCGGUGAACGGGAACAAUGAUAUCAUCGUGAACACCGAAGGGCAGAAGCGGGUUUAUGACUCAAUUCCCUGGACGCACCAGGCCAAGUAUCGCAUGACCAAGUUUGCGGACUGGUUCUGGCUCGAGACUUCUGCGGGGGAGGCCGGUGGCUCCGCGAGCAAGACGCACAAGGGUGGUGAGUUCAAGUCCGUCGGGAGGAAGCUUGCGUUUGCGUCCGUCGACGAGGCUGGACACACGUCGCCGGGUGACCAGAAGGAGGCUGUGGGGUUCUUGGUUAAGUGCUGGUUUGGCAAGGCCGGCAAGGAGGAAGGUUGUCCUGUAUGAGGACAGCUGUGGAUGUGGCGGGCCCUCGGGACAACUUAUAAAAAGCGAGCCCUUGAACUGCUGCUCAAAAUGCUUAGCUGUUAUCAGUCUCCCAACCUCUGAACCUCUGGACCUCUGAACCCUCUGAGCCCCUGGAGCUCUGGCUCUCUAGCUCUUGGACCGUCUGAACCCGGUAUUCCCUGGAUGAGCACAGUCUGGACACAAAUCAAUGCUCCCUCAGAGUCGUAGACUACU